CAGAAACAUAGAACUACUCUAAAAGAGUGAUGUAGCAAAACAGAUCCUAAACGACGACUCUUCUCACGGUCAGACGACUCAGGCCAUAUAGACGAAGGUUUGUUACGGUGUGUAACCGUGAAGGCGCGUGCGUACCCACAGUCGAACAACCAACCUGCGAAGUGUUUCGUGAAGAAGCUUCAUUAUUUCAAGGAAGAUAUGGUCCCUAGAUGUUCAGUUUUGUCAAAUGAGGUUCGGUUCUUCCGUAGUUUGAUUGGAAUUCGAUCCCUUGCUGAAAACCGCCCCUUCAAGGCGUGGUUUUUAGAUCAGUUUGGAGUUCUUCAUGAUGGUAAACAACCUUAUCCAGGUGCCAUUUCAACUUUAGAAAAACUUGCCAGCCAUGGAGCCAAGAUGGUGAUAAUUAGUAAUUCAUCGAGACGUGCAUCAGUUACUAUGGAGAAAAUGGAGAGCCUUGGGUUUGAUCCUUCAUUGUUCAUGGGGGCAAUCACUAGUGGAGAAUUAACGCAUCAAUACCUGCAAAGGAGGGAUGAUGCAUGGUUUGCAGCAUUGGGAAGGGCUUGCAUUCACAUGACAUGGAGUGAUCGAGGUGCAAUCUCUCUCGAGGGUCUAGGUUUGCAAGUUGUGGAGAAUGCUGAAAUUGCGGACUUUGUUCUGAUCCAUGGAACUGAAGCACUUGGUCUUUCAUCCGGAGCAACACUUCCUAUGAAACUCGAAAAUCUUGAGAAAAUAUUGGAGCGUUGUGCUGCAAAGAAGCUUCCUAUGGUUGUUGCAAAUCCUGAUUAUGUGACUGUUGAAGCUAGAGCUUUGCGUGUUAUGCCUGGAAUUUCAAAUAACUGUGAGAGAGCUUGUUCUGCACAAGGAGGAGAGAUAAUUGGUUCUGAUUUUCAUUGUAUGCUAGCAGCCAAAUAUGAGCAGCUGGGAGGUGAAGUGAAAUGGAUGGGAAAACCUGAUAAGGUAAUCUAUGAAGCAGCUAUGGCCCUAACCGGUGUAGAUGCUUCUGACUGUAUCGCUGUUGGUGACUCUCUCCACCAUGACAUUAAAGGUGCUAAUUUCACUGGAAUCCAAUCAGCAUUUAUCACUGGAGGGAUUCAUGCAAAUGAACUUGGACUAGAUAGUUUUGGAGAGGUUGCAGAUCCAACUUGUGUCCAAGCUCUUGCAUCCAAAUAUGAUGCUUAUCCAUCAUAUGUACUUUCUGCUUUUGCUUGGUAGUCUAAUCUUGCUCUUGAUGAAGAUUCUUUUUUUCUGUUCUAAUUAUGUAAUAAGAAUUACAUAUUUAGGAAUCAAAUUCUUAUAUUUCAAAUUGCACGUUCAACUUUCA